UGGAGGUUAGAUUGAUAGGCUGUGAUCAGAUUACUUGAUCUGGGAUUCGUUCCUUCUCAGGUCACCUGUCGUUGGAGAUCCUUGUUUUGGCUUCUUGUAGCAAUGUUUCUGUUGCUGAUAUUGUGCACAUAGUGUUGGGUUGUUUUUCUUUGAGUCAUGUGAGGUUGGACAAAGUUUUCAGGUGCUGGAUGCCAAAUUCAACACAAGAGCAGCUUCGAAAGUUGUGUAAGAUAAGUUGGAUAUAAGCAAAUAAAAUGCUAGCGUUGGGCUCGCUCUUGUUCCUAAGCUUAUUUUUAUGAUUUAUUCCUCAGAGGAAUCAAUGUAAAAUUGAGUAAAUAUAGGUUUAUCCGUGUUUAGGAAACUGCAGAUUGUCUAUGAGAUAGAGAGCGGCUGUUCAAUGCAAAGUGGAAUACUGAGAAAUUGAGGUGCUAAAAGGAAUUGGCAUCUUUCAUUUGGACAGUAUGGCGGAGUUUUCAACAUUUUUUAGAACUGACAAGAAACAAGGGCCACAAGUUAACCAACACUUGCAUGCCUUAGCCUGCAUGCGGACAUGGAAAAGCCACGUAGCUAAAAGAGCUUCAAGAACAAGAUAGCGAACGCCAUGAAGCGCUUCUCCUCCUCUGCUUCUUACCCGUUGAGCACAACUGCGAAGGGUUUUUCAAAGCACGCUGUUCUGCCUCUUCUUCCGUGCUGGCGGAAAAAGAAAAGAGAUUGGUGGGGGCCGGUAGAGAGUAAAUGUGAAGAUGUCCUGAGGAUUUGUGAGGCUGAGAAGCUCGGCUGAGAAAAAAAAAUGGUUUUUUUUUAGUGUUUGGACAUGUUAGAGAACUCAUUUGUGUGGUGCUUCUCUCAUCAGUUUUCCUUUUAUCCCCAUUAUCUCUGCUUCUCCGAGCGAUCUUUUUGAGGUUGCCAUUCUAUUUUCCAUUCGGCAGCGCGCAGUUUCUCCGAGGAGAUGGAAGAACUAUUCAUAUGGGCGUUGAUGGAAAGCUGGUAGUUUUGCUUUUCGUUAUCGAAAGGUGGGAUCUUGCCGAUCGAGGCGAGCCUUUGUCCUCCUCUCCGGCAAAUCAAAUUUGCUUAGACUUGGCAAGUAAUGAAAUUUUUAAUAACUGGUUGUUGAGGCUAUAUCGAUUCUCGCGCUAACUCUGGCGCUUGAAAAGCGUGGUUGUGGGGCUUGAUAAAGUGUUUAGUUUCUUGCGAUGGUGUAUGCCUAAUGGAGGGUUCUAAAGAGGAGUCCGGUUUGCAGAGAUCAACAACCUCCAUACAUCUGAAACUCCGCGGCUUUAUUGCCCCGUCGAGAAGCGGCUUAGGCCUGGUUGCGGGCGGAAGCUCUAGGGAGGAGGAGUUAGACGAAGAUGGAAAAAGAACUUCUGAUAUUACCAGAGUGAAGACUACUGGUGGUGGUAACGGUGGAAACCAAGGGCAAGUCAGCCUAAGGGAGUGGCUGGACAAGCCUGGCCGGCCGGUAGACUUUAUGGUAUGCUUGCACAUUUUCCGGCAGGUAGUAGAAGCGGUUAAUCUUGCACACCACCAAGGAGUUGUAGUUAAUAACAUUAGACCUUCUUGCUUUGUGAUGUCAACCUUCAACUCUGUCUCAUUCAUUGAAUCCGCUUCGUGCUCGGGCUCAGACUCUGACUCUUUCUAUGGAGAAGAAGGCGGCCAUUGUUCUGGUGGCACGAAACCCCUUAUUCCUUGUGAGGGGAUGUCUGCUGGUGCUUUCGAGAGUACUACACAUGCUGCACAGUCCUCUUUGUUGGAGGAGAUGAAGAGAAGGGGAGACUUGAGUGAGCUGAGUGCAGCUGUGGAAAGGAGAGAUUUUGCUCUCAGGAAGCUAUUAAGUAUGGAGUUUUAUUGGUAUAAAAGCCCUGAAGAAACUCAGGAGAGGCAGAGUGUGUUUGCCUCAGAUGUAUAUAAAUUAGGUGUUCUACUAUUUGAGCUAUUUUGCAUGUUUGAGACUAUGGAAGAGAAGGUUGGUAUAAUGUUCAACUUAAGACAUCGCGUGCUUCCACCGCAAAUGCUGCUUAAGUGGCCAAAGGUCUCAUCAUUUUGCCUGUGGUUGUUGCACCCUGAGCCAAUUAGUCGGCCUAAAAUGAGUGAUGUUUUACAAAGCGAGUUCCUGAAUGAAAAAAACAAUAGCUUAGAAGAUCAUGAAGUCACCAUUAAAUUGAACGAGGAGAUCGAAGAAGACGAGUUACUUCUCGAAUUCCUUCUGAAGCUCCAACGAACAAAGCAAGAAGCCGCUAAUAAGUUGCACGACAAUGUUUGCAUCCUCUCCAGUGAUUUAGGAGAAAUUGAAGGUCAGAGGUCCACGGUCAUGAAAUUAAGCCACUUUCUUGGAGCAGAGAAAGGCGAUCACUCAUCUGUCGAUAAAAUAAAGACUCCAUUACCCUCUUCCGAAAUUGAUGAUGACUCCACCUCCAUGCGAUCUCAAAAACGAAGCAAAACAGAAUGUAAGGAAUUUGUUGAUGAAAGGCUUGAUGUGAGUAAUUGUGUAGAGGCUAACCAAGAGAACCAAGGCAAGGUAUUUUCGAAAAAUGAUCGAAUUAUGAAUAAUUUGAAAAAUUUGGAGGCAGCUUAUUUUUCAUCUAGAAGUAAGACGAAAAAACCAACAUGCAAACUUGCAAGCAGAAAGUUACUACUCACUAGUAAUAGCAGAGGAUCAACCGAUCAAACCCAGGCGAGUUCGGUGGAUGACUUGGUUUCUAAGGAAGCCCAAAGUGGAAGUAGAAUGGGUGGAUGGAUUAAUCCCUUUCUUGAUGGCUUGCGCAAAUACUUAUCAUUUAGCAAAUUUAGAGUUUGUGCUGAACUUAGGCAAGGAGACCUGCUAAACUCGUCUAAUUUAAUUUGCGCCCUGGCUUUCGAUCGAGACAAACAUUUUUUUGCUAUCGUCGGCAUAAAUAAAAAGAUCAAAGUUUUCGAGUACCACACAGUUAUAAAUGAGGACCGCGAUAUUCAUUAUCCCGUGGUUGAGAUGGCGUGCAGUUCAAAACUCAGCAAUGUUUGCUGGAAUAGUUAUAUCAAGAGUCAGAUAGCUUCUAGUGACUUUGAAGGGUUGGUGCAGAUAUGGGAUGUUACUAGAAGCCAAGUCGUCGUUGAAAUGAGGGAGCAUGAGAAACGAGUGUGGUCCGUCGAUUACUCGCUAACAGACCCGAUGAUGUUGGCUAGUGGAAGCGAUGACGGUACCGUGAAGCUCUGGAAUAUUAAUCAGGGAGGAAGCAUUGGUACUAUUAGAACGAAGGCGAAUGUGUGCUCGGUUCAGUUUUCGCCUGAUUCCGGACGAAUAAUCGGGGUUGGCUCAGCGGAUCAUAAUGCCUACUGCUACGAUCUGCGUAACGUAAGAUUGCCUCUUUGCACGUUUGUUGGACAUGCUAAGACUGUGAGCUAUGUUAAGUUCUUGGAUUCAUCGGUUCUUGUAUCUUCGUCGACGGAUAACACGAUAAAGCUGUGGGAGUUGUCGAUGAGCUCAUCAAGGGUGAUCGAGAGUCCUGCUCAGACAUUCUCAGGCCAUACAAAUGUCAAGAAUUUCGUGGGCCUCUCCAUUUCUGAUGGCUAUAUUGCUACAGGCUCGGAAACAAAUGAAGUUUUUGUAUAUCAAAGAGCCUUCCCCAUGCCUGUCAUGUCUUACAAUUUUGGCUGCGUUGAUCCAUUCUCCGGCCUCGAAGACGACGAUGCCAACCAGUUCAUCUCCUGUGUGUGCUGGCGAGACCAGUCAUCGACCCUCGUUGCGGCGAAUUCAAGUGGCAACAUCAAAGUUUUGGAAAUGGUGUGAUUCUCUGCUUCUAACAUAGAAUCAUUUCUGAUUUCUGUAGUUAGAAAUUUAUGUUUCUGGAAGGUUUGAAUUUUGUUUAUUUUUAUAAUUUUCUCAUUAAGUAGUAGAUCAGGUUGAUGGGCUGAUGUAUCAUAGAUUCAUAGGGAAUGAAUUGUUCAUAGGCGAUGUAGAUCAGUUUUAGUAGUGUUCUGUUUUGCUU